CAGACGAACGAGUAUUGCACUAAGUUCUUGUCCGCUCUAUUUAUAUCCACCCCAUGUAAAGAGACUGCGCCGUUCCUCAAAGCUGAUUGGUUAAAUUGCAUACCGCACACUUUUUUCCACUUUAGUGAAUAUACUUUAAUUUCAUUGUAGCCAUACGUUAGAUAUUUGCUCUGUUCCUUAGCUUUAAAUCUAAUAGCCUCUAAAAUGGAUUGGAAGUGUGUCAGCUGUUCGGAUAUUAUAAAUUUACGGUACUCUUUACAUUCCAGUAAGGUCAAUGGUUAUUGUAUAAAUACGCUUAUGAUAUUUUAUUAUUGCUUUGAAUAUGAACGGCUCCUUCAUAUGAGACCAAAGUAAAUAUAUUAAUCCAUGUUUCUGAUGACGUGUUUUUAGACUGCAAGUAUUUCUUCCUGAGUAGAGUCAGUUUCAACCAAGAACAGGCAUAUUAAAAAAGAUUUGAAUACAUUACUAAACCAUUGUAUUUCUAUUGGAGGGACGAUACAUUAAAAAGUUCCAAUACAAUGUAAGCCCUUGAAAAGGACAAAAAAAAAAUUGUGUUGCUUUGCUUUUGAAAGACUCAUGAAAUUUUGAUAAUUUUUAUUCCCCUUUCCUGAUCCCAUGGGGGCUGUUGUCUUUGUUCUGUAAACUGAUUAAAUGAAGUACUGGGGUUAUUUCUCUAAAUGCACAGAUGUAAAAUGGUUAAAGGGCAUUCAGUCCCAACACCACACACGUCUUUAUUAAACAGUCAAUGUAGUGAUUUGUUACUUAAAAGUGGAGGCAAAGUUAAUGUAUGGAUCUAAAAAUAAACAAAAAAUGAAGUGUUAACACGUUAUAACAUGAUGCCCUUUGUCACAAGUGGGUGGCUCUUAAAAGAGCCGUUAUUUGUUGGUUUGGAGAAGCAGAUUUACUAGUACGGAAGCCGAGAGGGGUCACAACAAACGCAAACGCCGCAACAAAUACAAAUGCGACAACACAACAAAAAGCCACAACACACCAAAAAAAGCCACAACUCACCAAAAAAAGCUACAACACACCAACAAAAGCCACAAUGGAAAUGACUGCGGGACUCUAUUUUAAUGCAAACGCCACAACAAAUACAAACGCCACAACACAAAUGCAAAUGCCGCAACACAUUAAAAAGUCACAACACAUUAAAAAACUACAACACAUUAAAAAGUCACAACGGAAGUGACCGCGGGACUCUAUUUUCCAGGAGGACCAACUAUUCUCCUCUGGCUACUGUUCAGGCAGUCAUUGCUGAGGAGCAAAGGGGAGUAGGCCAGCUCCUAGGAUAUAGAGCAAUGUGGCAGACUCUCAAACAGAAGCACUCUAUCGUGGCCAGAAGAGAUGAUGUCAUGUGUUUAAUGAAAAGCCUGGAUCCAGCAGGAACAGCAAAUCGCUCCAGUCGCAGAUUUGUCCGGAGAGCAUAUUGUUCUGUGGGACCAAAUGAUACCUGGCAUGUAGAUGGGUAUGAUAAACUUAAGCCAUUUGGAAUCGCCAUAAGUGCCUGUAUUGAUGGAUAUUCUAGAAAAAUCAUGUGGCUUAAAUGUGCAAAAUCCAACAAUGAUCCAUUGGUCAUUGCUCUAAAUUAUAUCAACUGUGUCACUGAGUUUAGAGUAUGCCCAAAGCGCCUCCGUACAGACUGUGGCACAGAAAAUGGAAUAAUGGCAGCACUUCACUGUGUCUUGAGGUCAGAGCACACUGAUGAAUUUUCAGGGUCCAAAAGCCACAUGUAUGGCACAUCAACAUCAAACCAACGCAUUGAAAGCUGGUGGUCCUUCUUUCGUAAACAAAGGAGCCAGUUUUGGAUGGACCUCUUUGCUGAUUUGAGGGAGAAGCAUCUCUUCAAUGGGUGUCAGGAGCACAUCUCUUUGUUGCGAUACUGCUUUUUGGGGGUCUUGCAAAAAGAACUGGACACCUACAGGCAGCACUGGAACACCCACACUAUCCGUCCUGUUCACCAGUCCAGAUGCCCAUCUGGUAAACCAGAAGCAAUGUAUCAUGUGCCUCACAGAUUCCAUGGGAGGAACUGUGGAUUCCCAACUUCGUCACAAACAAUUCACCACUUAUACAGCCUACUUCCUGCACCAACAACUCAUGAUGAACUGCAACCCAUUUUUGAUGAACUGCGUCGGCAGAGAGGUCUGGCAGCUCCUCUGCAGUGGGAAUCUGCUGUGGAGAAUUAUGUUCUACUGAAGGACAUGGCUGGUCUCUAAAACUACCCCUGCUGUUCAGGAAACCAUUGAAGUGAAAGGGUGGAGGAUUUGAGGAACAGUGUUGUCCCCUGAGUUAUUUUUUAAGGCACUGCCCUAAUAUUGCCAUCCUUGAAGUUGUAACAAGUUGUACAUUUCAAUAAAAUUACACAUUACAGCUGUAUGUUUUGUGCAAAUGUUCAAGUCCAUACAAUAAACAAACACACAAAUUA